UCCGUUAUAAUGUGACAGUCCGGCUUCACUCCUCCUCCUCCUCUUCCUCCGUCUCUCCCACUCACGCUGCCUCUCGCAGCCACAUCUCUUCAUUACAGCUCAGCGUCUUCUCCUCUUUCCUCGUUAUCUUCCUUCAUUGUCUCAUCCUAGUUUUUUCUUUUCACGCCACAUCGACGACAUGCAGCUCACGUGAAGUCCGUCAACUUGCAGCGUGGGUUGAUGUCGAGUGAAGAAAAGCGCAGUUAAAUGUUCUGACGAGGAAUAAGAGGAGGAAAAAAAAAAAAAAAAAAAAAUAAAUAAACACGCACGUUUGCAUCCCUCGGUGAGUGCCUUGGUUUGAACGGAGCAACAGCAUGGAUCUCUCAUUCAUGGCCGCGCAGAUCCCAGUUAUGACGGGAGCCUUCAUGGACUCCUCGCCCAAUGAUGACUACAGUGGCGAGCACUCGCUCUUCAACUCCUCUGCCAGUGUCAACGCUGCUGCCUCAGCAGCCUCCGUACAUGGCCAGCAAGACGAGCAGCAGUCCAUGUCAAGUGACGCCAUCUGGCUUUGGAUUGCCAUCAUAGCCACUAUUGGAAACAUUGUGGUUGUGGGCGUUGUCUACGCCUGCACUUUCUGAUAGAAGCUAAUAAAGACAAACUUCACACUCACACAUCCUACUUUAUUUUGGACAUCUGGAAACCUGAAUGCAGCUCUGUGGACCUACACACACCUUCUCUCUUUGUCUCACCCUUCUCUCUCUCUUUCUGUUUCACACUUGGUUUUUGGAUCAGCUAGGGUCCCUGAGGCUAAGUUCUGAUACUUGACAAUGACAUAUAGACUACCACAUUUUUUUUCAUAAAAAAGGAAACAUGGGGAUUUGGUUGCAUUUGUCAUCUACAAGUACAGUUGAAUGUGACAGCGGAAGUUUGACUAGAAGCUUCUCUCUACAGCAGCCUUUUAGUUAGACAGAGAAAACAAGCCUGCUCUUUCACCCAGUAAUCUGAGACAACAAUUUUUUAGUUUAAGUUUGUUUCCAUGUUUCUUUCCAGACAACAUCUUCUAUUGUAACACAGAUAGGAGAAUGGAGGGCAGAAGAAGCUCAAGAUUGUAGUUCAGUCAGGUCAUUUUAAACAUUCACCAGUUAGUUGCAAAGUAAUUUAGGGCAGAGCUGCAUCAUUAUGUGGCUGAACACAGAAAGUGAAUGUUCAAAUAUUUAGAAAGUACUGGUGUUAUUCUCAUGUUAGACAGAGCAGAAGCCCAGGAUAUUGGACCUGUUUAUAUAGCUGAAUCAUAGUAUAGGCAGUGAUUAUUGAAGUAUUUUUUAGCCAGCUUACUGACAGAAAAAAAGAGAGCAGGAUGCUGCCUAUGUUUCAACCAUGUCACAAAAGGUGAUUAUUUUACAAUCAUCCCCACAGUAAUAGCUAACAAGGAUUGUUAGAAAAUUUGAACGUAUUGUAUUGUCUGUUUACUUAUGGUGAGAUAUCUACAGAUGUAUACAAAAUAGAAUUAGAAGCACAACUUAUCUAAACCCGUGUAGACUUCUUUACCUCUUCAUAAUAUUUUCAUAACUUUUUUCUCUGUAAAUCCAGCUUGUUAAGGACCUCGGUUAUAACUGUGAAGUAACAUCUUUAGCUACAGAAGAUGAAACUUUCCGAUAUUACAGAUUUGUACGGACAAAUAUGGAAAAACAGAAAAUGCUUGUGAGUGUGUGUGAGUAAGUAAUAUAAUAUAAACCAGAACCUGAGUGAACUUUGCGACAGAUGCAAACUAAUAAGUGCUGGAAGGAUGUCAGAUUUUAUACACCAGUUAGUUACUCGUUAAGACAUGUUAAACCUGGAACUCAAUGUUUUCCCAGCCUGUAUGAGUUAGAGCAUGUUGGAGCUGCCACAGAUAAUGCAGUCAUGUUGAAUUUUGCCCCUCAUUCUUUAUCAGUGUGGAUAUUAAAUAUGCUCUAGAGCAGCCACACAGCUUGUGUGAAGCCUAGCUGCUAUUAUUGCCUUUAUUUAGGGCAACCUCUGUCUGUGUACACAUCUGUUACUUGUCACUGUAGAGACACUCACAUGUGGCAAAGAGCACUGAGGGAGACUACAAAAGUGCUUCCUUAAUGCGACUUCUUUUGUUGCUACUCUAAAGAUGUAGCACUUUAUGUUUGGCAACAAGUAAGACUGCAACAUAUAAGGUCUAUAGCUAUAGUCUGGAUAUGCAAAAAUAAAGGCAUCAAGCGUAUCAAGCUGUAGCAGCUUGUCAUGAAAGGGCCUCCCAGAUGGCAUAGGACACAUGGGGCUGAUUUUCACAUGUUGGGAAUGAGCAAAAAUAGUGAAAUCAUUCAGUUCCCUGUUGUUAAAUGAAAGAGUGAAGUCCACAUAAGAAACACAGUGAAGCUUAUAGUAAUGUUAUUAGAUUAGCUGAUUAGCUGAAGGGUUGCAACUUAUGGAGAACUGUUAUUCACAAUACUGUCCUUGUUAAAAUGCAUUCUUAUUCCAAACUUGUCACACUCCCUGCACCUUAGCUUGAGUUACACUUAUAACCCAGCUGGAUCAUUUGAUUAGAUUACAUUCCUUACUCCAUUACACAGCAAGGGGUUUUAGUUUAAUGGUCUAGGUUUGUCAGGUGGUAUGUCCUUAAUGGGUAGUAAUAUCAGGCUUUUCAGGCUAACCUGAUACACUAUAGAUAGUGUUUGAUGCAUCAUGUUAAAGUAAUCUGAUUUCUUUUUUUGUGGUAACCAGUAAUGUUGCGUUUUAGUUUUGCAAUUUAAGUAAUCUAUUACUUGUUACUUUCUCAAAUGAGGACCACUGUAAAUUAAACAAAAGCCUGCAGUUAACAAAGCUCUGUACAUUACAUCUCUGUUGGAUGCUGUAUUUUUCUUUUACAAAUGACAUGCAAACUAGUUAUUGUUAGUUUCUUUUUCUUUCUUGUACUAUGUGUUUCUGGUAUUUCCUGGUAAAAGCUCAGGAUGACUAUGGAGCAUGGGCAGAGCUUUUAGGCCUAAUUUAGUCCUGUUAAACAUAAACAUGCAUGAGUAAUGAGAUUGCCAACUGCAAUAUUCAAAUGUGUUAGUCUAACUUUGACAGCUUUGAUUUGGGAUGAUUUCAGCUGGAUUAUUGUUUUUUCUCUCUUUAAGAUGGUGUAAAUGAACUGACAUUUGGUCAGAUUUCAACGCACAAGUACACCUUUACUCUUCCUUUCUGACAUACAAUGAACUUCUCCACAACUGCACAUUACCUUCAGCAGUGGUAGGUGACACACCAGCUGCUUUAAUGGUAGCCAUUGAUGUAAAAUGACAUUCCACAGUGUUGGCUUAUAAACAAGUUGAUAAGGAGGUUGGAUGGAAGGAUGAGGAUAGUCACUCAAUUCUCAAAUAUUUGGCUUUUGAUCAAGUUUAGCCUUGAGAUGACAAUUUUUCACGUCCCUUUUCUCUUUAUUUUAGCACUCCUCUCUAUGUGUCACUGUAACGUAUACCCAAAAUUUCUAAAAAUAACACUUUAUGGGUAGACUUUGCAUUUAAAAUGUGCUGUGUUUUGGCCCAUGUGACAAGUUGAGAACGGGUUUGUGAAAGUGUGUGUGUACUAGCUGCUGCAGUUAGUCAUCAUACAACAGGUAAGAAGUGAGUGAAGUGAAACUCUACUUUUGGAAGCUGGAGGUCACUUUCUCUGCGUGUAAUACAGAUCUUGUGCUAAAUGUGACCCAAGGAUGAUCUUACAGCCAAAGAUGCAACUCAUGUUUUUCCAGUGAAACAAACUAUACAGCCCAGUGUAGCCACCCAAAUUAAAUGGCUGGCAGGCUUUAAUCUGUGAUGUCUGUGCUUUGCUGUGUACCAGGUGCCAGUUGAACUAUAAAGAUAAAGUGGAUAAAAUUAAUUUAUAUAUAAUACAAGUUCAAAAUCAGGAAGUUGUUUUAUAUGUCAAAUCUUUACUCACACCAUAAUUGAAGUUGGAGCGAAAUAGACUAUAGUUUCUUUUGCAAUAAAUGUUUCUCUUGUGACUUACAAAAUAAUUACAAGUAGGCUAUAACGUUAUAACCCUGUCUUGUAAACACCAUAUAUGUUCAAAUGUCCAUACACUAGAAAGAAAAGGAAACAGAUGCAGGACCUUACUGUAUCUAUUGUAUCACGUAAAAAGAAAUUCAGCCCAUGUGUUCUGGGUGUACUUUUGCAUUGUUUAAAGAAGGACUUUUAAAGCCUGUUAUUUUUAAUAAAUGGUUGAUGUAGAAAUAUUUAGACAUGUAAACCACAUACACAAUGCUCCUUUUGUAAAGACAUAUUAUACUAUUAAAGUUUCUGUAUUAAUGCAAAUUGAUUUUCUCUGACUAUAGAUGAACAUGUCAUUAUAACGUGAUAAAGAGUCAAGUGAAGUGUGGAAAGCUUGGCUUUUUAAGCUUUUAAAUUUUGUACUCAGUGGUUAAUAAUACAAUGAAGUGUUUUAUUUGGCCUGCUAUUGCUCUUUGUGGAACCAACCUUCUGGUAUUUCGCCAGUAGCUGCUAAGCCAUGAGGUGAAAUUGAUGCUAAGCUCAAAUGGUGCCAUCUGUCAUUUUGACACAGGCCCUGGUUGUUUAGAAAUCACCUGGAUUUACCUUUCUGUGCACUUCUGCGCUGUUCCAUCCCCUUGUCAGUGGUAAUAACUUGUUCUGCUGAACAAACAGGAGGACCUUGCUGAAAUGUUCAUAUUUUGGAUUUAAAUAAAUGAUAAUAUAUUAAA